AUGGACGACAACCGCCCCCCCUCCCCCCCGCCCUUCCUGGACGCCCCAGAGCACAAGUACGACCUCUUCUACAAUGCCGUUCAGACCCUCGUCAACGCUCUCGGUGGUUACGAAGAUAUCGAGUCUCCCCCAGGAAGCGGCCACUUUGAUACCAUUUACAGGCCUGGUGAUAGUGUCCUGGGCGUGCUCAAGGAUCUCAAGAAGCUAUGGAGAAAGGAUGACGAAGAUGAUGAACGGACGGUGGCGAGGUGUAUGGCUCAGGCGGGGUUAAUGAAGGAGUUGGUGGCUAUCUUGGUGGAAUGUGCAGACAGAGGAGAGUGGGGGCGGAAAGUGUCGCUUGUUGCUUGUGACUUGAUUGCUGCUCUGACAUGGCCUAUCGACGUUGCGCAAGAACUAAAGGAGAUUGAAGAGGAAGGGCCCAUCAUCACAGACUACGCGUCUUUGCUCCGCGCACAGAUGGAGUACAAGGCAUUGUUUCUUAAGAGCGAUCGCCCGCUUAGAGCUCUGUUAGCGCUCAUGGUCCCGUGUCUUGCAAAACCUCGAAAAGAUGAGAAGGACACGCGAAUCAUCUCUCUAGGUCUACAUGUCGUACGAAACCUUCUAGCUGUGAAGGAUGCUUCUGCGGAAGGUACUGCGACCGGUACCAAAGCAGAAAUGGCCCAACUUCAAUCUGAUCUGAUCUGUCAACUCGAUUCUCUCACAUAUCUCCAACUCUUCCUCACUCUCGCCUCCUGCUCCGACAAGAGUGAUCUCAACGCCUUUAAUGUCAUCGUCCUCGACAUCCUGCAUCUCAUCUUUAGAGGUGUCAAAGUGCAAGAACUGGGGCAAGACCAGAAGAGGGUACCACUGGACAAUCUGGCAAAGCUGCUUGAUGGGGAGAAGAAGCAGAAGGCUAUGAGUUCGAAAUCUGGGUAUACACGGCACUCGAGGUUUGGCACUACUAUCACGGUCAAGACUGCUGAGCAACGCGUGGUGCUCCACAAGCAGAAUGCCGUCGUCCAAGACGCCGGAAAGAUCUUGGAUGCUGUCAAGAAGGGAAAGAAAGCACCCCCAAAGAAAAUGGAUGAAUUGACUCAAUACAUCACCUUGAGUGUGGAAGCCAUGAUCGUUCUGCAAAACUUUUGUCGAGCUUUCUUAGAAACUGCUUUCAACACCUUCUUCGAAUACAUUCUUCGCGACAUUCGCAUGGAACGUACCAAAAUCCGUCCCUCCGACAACAUCCGCGUCUUCUACCUCACCCGCUUCUUUAUCGAAUACCUCCUUCUCCUCCGCAACAAGCUGUACGACAAGGGCGGCUCGCGUGAAAGGGACGAGCUGCCAUUGGGGUUGGUAGCGCAGAUGGCAGAGAUGGACUCUGUCAAGUGGUUGUUUGCGAGGUUGAGGAUUAGUUGGGACGAUAAGCCCAAGGCUUGGACAGAGUUGCAAGCGUGUAUAGACUGUUUUACGCAGAUUCUUCUGCUUAUUGACGAUAUGGCUACAUCGCCCGACGAAGAGGAUGUGGAAGUUGCCGAGAUCAUGCAGCAUCAGCUGUAUUAUAACUACGACAUUUUGGACUCUGCCCUCUCUGUGGUUCGAGAAUACAAGAAUCAAUCCAUCGCGUACCUCGACUCCAUCAUCCACUUUGCCUACGUCCUCCUCCGCAUGCUCGAGCGCUACUCCAAAACCAAAUCCUUCAUGUUUAUCCGCAAACGCAAAAACACCCAUCGCAAGCGUAAAGAGCAACAGGUGGAUCCGAAUGACAGCGAGGAAGUGAGGAGGAGAAAUAUCCCGGAAGAGUAUGGGAAUGAGGAAGAGGCGGAUCAGGGGCCGGAUCAGGAUGCACCGACUUACGAGGAACAUGCGUUUACUUUCCAGGGGUUCGAAAAGAGGUUUGCAACUGAAGCUAUUGUCAAUACUCUGCUGGUGUACCUCGAACGCUUCCUCGAAUUCGAUUCUGCCGAACAGGUUAAGCGGGUGGUCGGACUGAUGCACCGUCAAGUCGUCAAAACCCACGCCGAGGGCCUCUUCUACAAAGUGACCACGAUGAUCCUCUUCCAACGUAUAUUGGAAAACAAACACGCCCUCCCCGAUGCCCCUGCCUCUCGAGAUCUCACAACACUCAUCACUUUCAUCCUUCGCAAAUUCUUCAAGCAUGUGGAGAAGGAUCCGUACAUAAUCAUCGAAGUCCUGAGUACGAAAGCGCGAGGCAAAUGGAGGGGCGGUGGUGGGGAGAGUGAUGAUGAUGGGAUGGGUGGUCAGAAGAGUAGAAUCAAGGAAAAGAUGGGUCCCGCUGAAUUGGCGUUCGUCAAGAAACACAACCUCUCAUGGUCAAAACAGAUGUCUGUCGUAUUCGCGAUCCUGCACGAAGCCGGCCAAGGAUAUCUCAUCAAGUGGAUUAUCGGCGUCCUUGAAGAGGUGCUCGCGGCUAGGCAGGAGAUUGUCUUGGCCACAGAUGGUGGCAUGGACGUUGACGAAGACGAGGAUGGGAAUGUUCGGGCUAGAAACUUUGGUGGGCCUAGUGAGGAGGCAAAGAGCAAGUUUGUGCAGUAUGAUCUUCAACCAGAGGAUGACGAGCAGACGGCGGCUAUCCAAAAGAAUCAGCACUUCCGGCUCAUGCUCAAACUUCUCUCCUUCGACAUUCCUCCCCCUCCCACGGAGCUUGAUUUCGAAGAAGAUAUCUCUCCGGAACAGCUCGCUGCUGCCGUCAAGAAAUCCAACUAUGCUUGGCAUAUCCCCGAAGACGUCGUACCUUCAAACUUGGAGGCGAGUAUUGGGGCUCUCAAGCAGUAUAUGGAAGACCCACCGAGCCUCGACGAAGAUCCCAAAAAGCUUCUUCGUCGCAAACCUCGUGCACCUCGUCGCCGCCGACGUUCCCCGUCUGUCCAGUCUUACGACUCCGAAACUGGUGAAGUCCGCGAAUCAACGCGCGAUUCUCGCCCGAAGAACAAUGCGCGCAGGAAGAAGGCAAAGAAGGCUGCGGAGACGCAGACAUUCAAGUCUGCAGCGUUCAUUGAAGACUCGGAUGACGAAGACGAAGAAGCGACUAGGAGGUUCUUUGAGAAUGAGGCGAAGUUGAGAGCCGAGAUGGAUGCCCUCGCCGCUAACGGUGGGCAUAGUAUGCUUGACCGAGGCGUGAAGAGGAAACGCGGUGCGGGAAAGGGCAAGGGCAAGAAGGGCAAGAGUCUAGAGAUAGUGGACUCUGAAGAUGAGGGCCUGCCGCUACCCAGCUCGACGCCAAUGAACGACGACGUUGAGCCGGAAAGCGAUAGAGGGGAGCAUGGAGCGACGACGAGAAUCGUCACGGAGGAGGAGAUAGCUGCGAUGAACAGAAGAAAGGAAACGCUGGCCGACAUGCGGCGGAUGGCGAUGGAGAGUGAUGAGGAGCUGGGUGACAGUGGAUCUGAUGAGGAUCACGAAGGUCGUUCCAUGCGACCCGUGGUGCACAGUUCGGAGAGUGGCAUGCCAAUCUUCGAAGAGGCUGGCGAUGACGAGGACGAUGAUGAAGUAAGGGCUCCCAGAGCGUCCGCAAGAAGAGUCGUUAUGGACUCUGACGAGGAUGACGAUUAG